AGUUUGGAGAUAUAUUUGAUGAACAAUACUUUAUACAUGCACUUAGAAAUCAUGUGAAUGUGGUUAGGGAGCUCCCUGAUGAUGUACUUCAGAGGUUUGACAAUAAUAUUAGCAACAUUAUUAUUUUGAGAGUAAAAGGUUGGUCAAGCGCAGCCCAUUAUCUCCAAAAGGUUCUUCCAAAACUAGAGGCAAUGGGGACUGUUAGCAUUGCACCCUUUUCUAACAGGUUGGCAUAUUCCGUUCCGUCUAAUGUACAAGGGAUUAGGUGCUUAUCCAAUUUUCAAGCACUGAGGUUUGCAGAACCUACAAGGACACUGGCUGAUAAAAUGGUUGAGAGGAUGGUCAAGAAUAGCUCCAUACUGAAGGAAAAUAUGUUUCAGUGCAUCUUCGGUUUGAAAUGGUGUUUUACUCGUUUCUUGAUAUGGUUGCAUUUUCCUGAUGUGAAUAUGAUAGUGGGGAAGAAGAGAAACAUGAAAUGGAUAUUGCUAGAGAAAGAAGUUGGAGAGGAAAAUUUAGGCGAAGGGGCAGAGUUAUAAGGCCAGGUGCAAAUCGAAUGGAUGGAAAAUGCCCUUUAAAUCCUCU